AUGACUCCACCGGACACCUUCUUCCGCUCGUCGGAGAUGAGCCUGACCCAGCUCUAUAUCGCCAACGAGAUCGGAAGAGAGGUUGUGAGUGCCCUCGGUGAACUCGGACAGGUGCAGUUCAGAGAUCUGAACCCGGAUACCAAUGCUUUCCAACGAACCUUUACAAAAGAAAUCCGCCGCCUCGACAAUGUGGAAAGACAGCUCCGUUACUUCCACGCUCAGAUGGAGAAAGCAUCCAUUCCCAUGAGACCUUCGUCUGAUUUCUCGGAUACCCUGGCCGCCCCCUUGGCUUCGGAGAUCGAUGAGCUGGCUGAACGCAGCGAGAGUCUUGAGCAGCGCAUCUCUUCCCUGAACGACAGCUACGAGACCCUGAAGAAGCGAGAAGUCGAACUUACUGAGUGGAGAUGGGUUCUUCGAGAGACCGGUGGAUUUUUUGACCGUGCUCAUACUCACACCGAAGACAUCCGUCAAUCCUUCGACAACGACGAAGCGCCUCUCCUUCGUGACGUUGAGCACCAUGCUCCUCAGGGUGCGAACGGUGAUACCCAAGGCCAGCAGAGCUUUUCGGAAAUGAACAUUGGCUUCGUUGCCGGCGUCAUUCCACGUGAUCGAAUUGGAGCAUUUGAGCGUAUCCUCUGGAGAACUCUGCGCGGCAACCUUUACAUGAACCAGUCGGAGAUCCCCGAGGCCAUCAUCGACCCAACCAACAACGACGAAGUCCACAAGAAUGUAUUCGUCAUUUUCGCCCAUGGCAAGAAUAUUCUUGCCAAGAUUAGAAAAAUCUCCGAGUCACUGGGUGCUUCUCUCUAUGGCGUGGACGAGAACAGUGAGCUCAGACGGGAUCAGAUUCACGAGGUCAACACCCGGCUGGGCGAUGUGGGCAAUGUGCUUCGGAAUACGAAGAGCACCCUCGAUGCAGAGCUGUCUCAAAUUGCUCGGUCUCUCGCCGCUUGGAUGAUCAUUGUCAAGAAGGAGAAGGCUGUCUAUGACACUCUCAACAGGUUCUCCUACGAUCAGGCACGCAAGACUUUGAUUGCCGAGGCAUGGUGCCCUACCAAUUCUCUUGCUCUGAUCAAGUCGACUCUUCAAGAUGUGAAUGACCGUGCCGGCCUCUCUGUUCCCACCAUUGUCAAUCAGAUCCGAACCAACAAGACCCCCCAACUUACGUUAGAACCAACCGAUUUACCGAAGCUUUCCAAACCAUUAUCAACGCGAGAUCUUGGUCAUGGAUUCAUCAUGUUCUGCGCGGCUUCCGCUUUAAUUUUCUGGGAGAAGAAGCUCCAGCGAGUUAAACUCGAUGAGAUCUCUUCUAUGGCCUUCUACGGCCGUUACGUGAUGAUCAUGAUGGGCUUAUUCGCCAUGUUUACUGGUUUCAUUUACAAUGAUAUCUUCUCCAAACCGAUGACUUUCUUCUCUAGUCAAUGGCAGUGGCCGGAGGAUAUCAAGGCUGGCCAGGCGGUCGAGGCAACGUUGAAAGACGGUUACCGCUUUCCGAUCGGUCUGGACUGGAAUUGGCACGAGGCUGAGAACUCUUUGCUGUUCACGAACAGCUUGAAGAUGAAAAUGAGUAUCUUGCUAGGCUGGUCUCACAUGACCUUUGCCCUGUGCUUCCAGUAUGUCAACGCACGGCAUUUCAAGUCCAAGGUCGAUCUCUGGGGUAAUUUCAUCCCUGGCAUGAUUUUCUUCCAAUCCAUUUUCGGAUAUUUGGUCGGCUGUAUUCUGUACAAGUGGUCGGUAGACUGGAGUACUCGCGCUGAUGCCCCUCCUUCUCUCCUGAACAUGCUCAUUUUCAUGUUCUUGAGCCCAGGCAAGGUGACGGAAAAGCUCUACCCGGGCCAAGCCACAGUCCAAGUGUUACUACUACUCCUUGCAGUUGCCCAGGUUCCCAUCAUGCUCUUCCUCAAGCCAGUCUGGCUUCGUCGGGAGCACAACCGUGCCCGUGCUCUGGGGUACCGUGGACUUGGCGAGCAGUCCCGUGUCAGUGCCCUGGAGGAUGAUGGCGAUAUGGACGGUGGACUUGGCAGAGGUCGUGACAGCUUGGCAAGUGAUGGUGAGGGUGUCGCCAUGAUUGCUCAAGACAUCAACGAAGCCGAAGAACAUGAGGAAUUUGACUUCGCUGAUGUCAUGAUCCAUCAAGUGAUCCACACGAUCGAGUUCUGUCUUAACUCUAUUUCGCACACCGCAUCUUAUCUCCGAUUGUGGGCCUUGUCUUUAGCUCACCAGCAAUUGUCCAUUGUUCUCUGGAAGAUGACUAUUGGGAAGGGCUUUGACCAGACCAGUCCGACUGCUCGCGUAAUUAUGAUUGUCAUCACAUUCUAUAUGUGGUUCUUCCUUAGCUGCGCCGUUUUAGUGGCGAUGGAGGGAGUGUCAGCCAUGUUGCAUGCUCUUCGUCUGCACUGGGUCGAAGCCAUGAGCAAGCAUUUCAUCGGCGAGGGUAUUGCAUUCAUCCCGUUCAGCUUCAAGACCCUUCUGGAAGAGGAUCCAGUCGAUUAG